AUGAUUAUUUUCUCUCUAAAUAUUAGAGGAGGUGGUAAGAGGGUGAAGAGGAAGAGGAUAGGUUUCAAUAUUCAGAGAGGUAGGGCGGAUGUUGCUUUCUUACAAGAAACAAAAUUGAGGGAUAUUCAGUUUCACCAUGUCAAGGAGUUUUGGGGUGAUGAGUGGGUGGAAUGGUCUCAUUUCGAGGCCGAAGGGACAGCGGGAGGGAUGCUUAUUAUGUGGCGGAAAGAUUUCUUCAAUCUCAAUUUUAGUUUUCGUGGAGAGGGAUUUCUAGGUGUUUGUGUGGAGAAGGAUAACAAAAGGUUAUACUUGGUCAACAUUUAUGCGUCUUGUGAUCACAAAACUAGAGUGAAUUCUUGGAGAAAGUUAGUGGAUUUGAAGAGGAGGAGUGUUGUUGGAUCUUGGUGUAUUGGUGGGGACUCCAACAUUGUCUCAUCUACGGAGGAGAGAGUAGGUAUUUCGAAAAAGAAUUAUAGAAACGAAAUGACCGACUUCUUGAACUUUAUCGAUGAGAUGGAGUUAGUGGAUCCACCUACGAUUGGAGGGAAAUUUACGUGGUCUAAUAGAAGCGGGAGUGCUAUGAGUAGAUUGGAUAGAUUUCUUUUAUCUUCUUCUUUUAUUGAUGAUUGGAAAGUGGAGGGUUAA